AUGGACAUAAAAGAACGCAAACCAUAUCGCUCGCUGACGGUCAGGCCGGACGCAGAACGCCGCUACACCAGCUCGUCGGCUAACAGUGAGGACGGCCGCCCGCAGCCCAAGUCCUAUAGCUCCAGUGAGACGCUCAAAGCCUUCGACCAGGACUCCAGGCUGGCCUACGGCAGCCGCCUCAAAGACCUGGUGCACCAGGAGGCCGACGAGUUCCUCCGGCAAGGUGAGUACUUCUCACUCCGGGACCUUGGUUUUGGCGACGCUAUGCCAUCCCACGGUGCAGGAUACCACGGGGACUUGGGGAUGCAGCACCGCGGGUACUCCGUCAGCGUCGGCUCGGAUGCAGACACCGAGACGGAAGGCAUCAUGUCCCCGGAGCAUGUGGUCCGACUCUGGGGACGGAAUGCCAAAUCCGGCCGGAGCUCCUGCCUCUCAAGCCGGGCCAACUCCAACCUGACACUCACCGACACCGAACACGAGAACACGGAGAACGGUCCUCCUUUGCAUUGUUCAUCUGCCUCCUCUAGCCCUGUUGAGCAAGGCCCCUCCCCUCCCCCUUCCUUUGAAGCCAAUGAGAGCCAGGGACAGUUGCUAGGUAACUGUGUCACUCAGCCAGCCCAGGAGUCUGAGUCUGAAGAGGAGUUUGCCCCCAAUUCAUUUUUAGUUAAAGCAGGCUCUGGGACCCUCUAUUCUCCUGCCCCCGUGGCUGCUGACGACAGCGCCUUCCAGAACAUUCCUCGGCUCCGGACUCCUCCUCUCCCGCUUUCUCACUCCCACUCGCCCAGCCAGCACCACAGUGCUUCCGUGGACUCCCUGAACCGGGGCGCCUACACCCCCCGCAGCAACCCCAGCCCGGCCCCCACCGACCCUUCCUCCAUCCUGCCUGAGGGGCCUGGCAGCACCCAGGACUCGGGCAGUGCCCAGGACAACUGGCUGCUCAACAGCAACAUUCCCCUGGAGACCAGGACCCGGAAUACUCUAUUGUUUAUCAGAGAAGAGCCAGACGCAUUCAGAGAAGGGCAGGGAUCAUUCACUACAAGAAACAUAGCAAAGCAGACAUUCCUAGAGACUUUACAGGACAACCUCAUUGAGAUGGACAUUCUGGCGUCCACUCGCACGGACGCUACGUUCAAUGACCGGCACUUUCUGUUCAAGCCGGGCGGGACCUCGCCCCUCUUUUGCACGACGUCGCCAGGCUACCCCCUGACGUCUAGCACUGUCUAUUCUCCCCCACCCCGGCCCCUUCCCAGAAGCACCUUCUCUCGCCCAGCCUUCAGCCUGAACAAGCCCUACAAGCACUGUAACUGGAAAUGUGCCGCCCUCAGUGCCAUCCUCGUGUCCGUCACGCUGAUCUUCUUGCUGGCCUACUUCAUCGCCAUUUAUCUGUUGGGGCUGAACUGGCACCUGCAGCCCUUGCAGGGGCAGGCGUACCGGCUGGACAGCGAAAGCAGCUCCCCCACGCCCACAGACCUGGGGCUGCCCCCAUCAUGGAACACAGGCCUGCAGGUGCCCGACCGCAGGGGCAAAGACGAUGGCAAACUUGACAGCUGGUACCCAGAUGACAGCUUCAUAGACAUGGGCGAGAUUGAUGUGGGGCGGAAGGUGGCUCAGGAGGUGCUUCCCGGAAUUUUCUGGAGGUCCCAGGUGUAUGUGGACCACCCCAUGUACCUCAAGUUCAACAUGUCCCUCGGCAAGGAUGCCCUGGUGGGAAUCUAUGGGAGGAGAGGCCUGCCCCCCUCACACACACAGUUUGAUUUUGUGGAGCUGCUGGACGGUAGAAGGCUGCUGGUACAGGAAGGGCGGGGCCUAGAGAGCUCUCAGGACCAGCAUCGCGCACUGGUGCCCUUCUCCAGGCACGACACCGGAUUCAUCCAGUACAUGGACUCUGGCAUCUGGCACCUGGCUGUCUACAAUGAUGGGAAAGAAGCGGAGCAUGUCUCCUUCAUCACCACGGCAAUAGACUCCAUUGAUGACUGUCCCAGUAACUGCUUCGGGAAUGGCGACUGUGUUUCGGGGACCUGCCACUGCUUUCCUGGCUUCCGAGGAGCAGACUGUGGCAGAGCCUCAUGCCCUGUACUGUGUAGCGGGAACGGACAGUACCUGAAGGGGAGGUGUGUGUGCCACAGUGGGUGGAAGGGCGUGGAGUGCGAUGUGCCCACCAACCAGUGCAUCGAUGUCACCUGCAGCAGCCACGGUACCUGCAUCGUGGGAACCUGCAUCUGCAACCCUGGAUACAAGGGAGAAAACUGCGAGGAAGUGGACUGUCUGGACCCAACCUGUUCUGGUCGAGGGGUGUGUGUCCGAGGGGAGUGCCACUGCACAUUAGGCUGGGGGGGGGCUAGCUGUGAGGACCCCCGGGCAUCCUGUACGGACCAAUGCUCAGGCCACGGGGCUUUUCUGCCUGAAAUUGGAACCUGCAGCUGCGACCCAAACUGGUCCGGACACGAUUGCUCAACAGAGAUUUGCGCAUCAGACUGUGGAGGCCACGGCAUCUGCGUGUCGGGCACCUGUCGCUGCGACGACGGCUGGAUGGGCACCGGGUGCGAGCAGAGGGCGUGUCACCCGCGAUGCAACGAGCACGGGACCUGCAAAGACGGGAAGUGCGAGUGCAGCCCGGGCUGGAAUGGAGAACACUGCACCAUUGCUCACUAUCUGGAUAAGGUAGUGAAAGAGGGCUGCCCGGGUCUGUGUAAUGGCAAUGGCAGGUGCACUCUGGGUAAUGGAGGCUGGUACUGCGUGUGCCAGCUGGGCUGGAGAGGGACCGGCUGCGAUACCUCCAUGGAGACAGCCUGCAGCGAUGGCAAGGAUAAUGACGCAGAUGGUCUGGUGGACUGCAUGGAUCCAGACUGCUGUCUCCAGGCCUCGUGUCACGUGACCUCGCUGUGUGUGGGUUCUCCAGACCCCCUGGACAUAAUCCAGGAAACACAGCUGCCCUCCAACCAGAGGAACCUGCAGUCCUUCUACGACCGUGUCCGCUUCCUGGUGGGCCGUGACAGCACGCACAUCGUCCCUGGAGCCAACCCCUUCGACAGCAGCCACGCAUGUGUGAUACGUGGGCAAGCGGUCACCUCGGAUGGGACCCCCCUUGUAGGAGUAAACGUCAGCUUCAUCAACAAGCCCACAUAUGGAUACACCAUCACCCGACAGGAUGGCAGUUUUGACCUGGUGACCAACGGGGGCGUGGCCAUCGGCCUGCGGUUCGAGCGCGCUCCCUUCAUAACCCAGGAGCACACUGUCUGGUUGCCGUGGGGACGCUUCUUUGUGAUGGACACCGUCGUCAUGCGGCACGAGGAAAACAACAUACCCAGCUGUGAUAUUAGCAGUUUCUCACGCCCCACCCCUGUGGUUGUCCCUGCUCCCCUCACUGCAUUUGCUGGAACCUGCUCUGAGCGAGGAGCCGUUGUCCCCGAAAUCCAGGCUCUCCAGAAGGAGGUCCGUAUCCCUGGGACAGACAUGAAGCUCUCCCAUCUGAGCAGCCGCACCGCAGGGUACAAGUCCAUCCUGCGGGUGGCGCUAACGCACGCCACCAUCCCCUUUAACCUGAUGAAGGUGCACCUAACAGUUACGGUGGAGGGACGUCUCCACAGGAAGUGGUUUCCUGCCACGCCCAAUCUCUCCUACCACUUUGUCUGGGACAAGACCGAUGUGUACAGCCAGAAGGUUUAUGGACUAAGCGAGGCCUUCAUUUCAGUUGGAUUUGAGUAUGAAUUAUGCCCUGACCUCAUUCUCUGGGAGAAGAGGACUGCAGUCUUACAGGCGUAUGAAAGUGUGGCGUCCAAUUUGGGUGGCUGGGCACUGGACAAACAUCAUGCCCUCAACAUCCAGAGUGGCAUCCUACACAAAGGUAAUGGGGAGAACAUCUUCAUUUCCCAGCAGCCCCCGGUGGUGGGUAGCGUCAUGGGCAAUGGCCGGCGGCGAAGCAUUUCCUGCCCCAGCUGCAACGGCCUCGCUGAUGGCAACAAGCUCCUAGCGCCCGUGGCAUUAGCCUGUGGGCCCGACGGCAGCCUCUAUGUGGGAGACUUCAACUACGUGCGCCGGAUUUUCUCCACUGGCAAUGUCACCAGCGUCCUUGAGCUAAGAAAUAAAGAUUUCAGGCAUAGUAACAGUCCAGCACACAAGUACUACCUGGCGGCCUGUCCAGUGAUGGGGACAGUCUACCUGUCAGACACCAACAGCAGAAAGGUGUUCAAGGUGAAGUCUCUGAACGUGGUGAAGGAUGUGGCCAAGAAUCUGGAGCUGGUUGCUGGGACCGGAGACCAAUGCCUCCCCUUCGAUGAGACUCGAUGUGGGGAUGGAGGGAAGGCUGUGGAGGCCACGCUCACCAACCCCCGAGGUAUUGCAGUGGACAAGUUUGGCCUGGUAUACUUUGUAGACGGCACCAUGAUCCGCAGGAUUGACGGAAACGGGAUCAUCUCCACGCUCUUGGGCUCCAACGACCUGACCUCAGCCCGACCCCUCAGCUGUGAUUCAGUCAUGGACAUGUCCCAGAUCCGUCUGGAGUGGCCCACAGACCUAGCCGUCAGCCCCAUGGACAACUCCCUGUAUGUUCUGGACAACAACGUGGUCCUUCAGAUCUCCGAAAGUCACCAGGUCCACAUCGUGGCAGGGCGUCCCAUGCAUUGCCAGGUGCCUGGCAUUGACCACUUCCUGCUGGGCAAGGUGGCCAUUCACGCGACCCUAGAGUCGGCAACAGCACUGGCAGUCUCCCACAACGGCAUCCUCUACAUCGCCGAAUCGGACGAGAAGAAGGUCAACCGCGUGCGGCAGGUGUCCACCAGUGGGGAAAUCUCCCUGGUGGCGGGGGCCGCCAGUGGCUGCGACUGCAAGAACGACGCCAACUGUGACUGCUACUCCGGGGACGAAGGCUAUGCCAAAGACGCCAAGCUCAAUGCACCGUCCUCCCUGGCCAUCUCCCCCGAUGGUGAACUCUUCAUCGCCGACCUAGGUAACAUCCGAAUCCGCUAUGUGCGGCAGAACCGACCCUACCUUAGCCCGCUCAACCUUUACGAGGUUUCCUCCCCCAUCGACGAUGAGCUCUACCUGUUUGACGCCAACAGCAGUCACAUCUACACCCAGAGCCUGACCACAGGGGACUACCUGUACAACCUCACCUACACUGGAGAGGGGGACGUCAGCACCGUCACAGAUAAGAACCGAAGCACAAUUAGCAUUCGCCGGGAUGCUACUGGAAUGGCCCAGUGGAUCAUGGUGCCGGAUGGACAGACCUUUUGGGUGACCAUUGGAACCAACGACGCCCUCAAAAGUGUGGCUGCACAAGACCAGGAGCUGGCCUUGAUGACCUACCAUGGCAGUUCAGGACUGCUCGCAUCCAUGACCGAUGAAAACGGCUGGACAACUUUUUAUGAGUAUGACAGCUACGGCCGCUUGAGAAAUGUCACCUACCCGACUGGACAGGUCAGCAGCCUGCGUAUGGAUUUGGACAGUGCUGUGAGGGUCCAGACUGAGACGGCCAGCAAGGAGGAUGUCACCAUAUCCACCAACCUGUCGGCCUCUGGGACUUUCUACACGCUCAUGCAGGAUCAAGUGCGAAACAGCUACUACGUGGGGAUGGACGGGUCUCUGCGGCUGGUGCUGGCGAACGGUAUGGAGGUGUCCCUGCACACGGAGCCCCACCUGCUGGCUGGAACGGUCAACCCUACGGUCAGCAGGAGGAACGUCACCCUGCCCAUCGACAACGGCCUCAACCUGGUGGAGUGGAGGCAGCGUAAGGAGCAGGCCCGUGGUCAGGUGACCGUGUUCGGGCGCAGGCUGAGGGUGCAUAACAGGAACUUGCUGUCCUUGGAUUUUGACCGAAUCACCAGGACAGAAAAGGUGUACGACGACCACAGGAAGUUCACCCUGCGCAUCCACUAUGAUCCGGACGGCAGGCCCACGCUUUGGGCCCCUAGCAGCCGGCUCAAUGGCAUCAAUGUAACUUAUUCCUCCAGUGGGCAUGUGGCGGGCAUCCAGAGGGGUACGAUGUCUGUGCGCAUGGAGUAUGACCAGAACGGCCGCAUCACCUCGCAGAUAUUUGCAGACGGGAAAUCCUGGACCUACACCUACCUGGAGAAGUCUAUGGUGCUGCUACUUUACAGCCAGAGACAGUACAUCUUUGAAUUUGACAAGAACGACCGUCUUUCCUCUGUGACCAUGCCCAAUGUCGCGAGGCAAACCCUGGAGACCAUGAGGUCAAUUGGGUAUUACCGGAACACAUAUCGGCCGCCUGAGGGUAAUGCAUCCGUCCUACAGGACUACAGUGAGGAUGGGAACCUGCUGCGGACCACGUACCAGGGCACAGGACGACGUGUCAUCUACAAGUACGGCAAGCUGUCCAAGCUCCUGGAGCUGCUGUACGACACCACGCGAGUGGCCUUCGGCUACGACGAGACAGCGGGGAUGCUGAAGACCGUCAACCUGCAGAGCGAGGGGUUCACUUCCACCAUCCGGUACCGGCAGAUCGGUCCGCUCAUCGAUCGGCAGAUCUUCCGCUUCAGCGAGGAGGGGAUGGUCAAUGCCCGAUUCGAUUACAACUAUGACAACAGCUUCCGUGUGACCAGCAUGCAGGCGGUCAUCAAUGAGACCCCGCUUCCCAUCGACCUCUACCGGUAUGAUGACGUCUCAGGGAAGACAGAGCAGUUUGGCAAGUUUGGUGUUAUCUACUACGACAUCAACCAGAUCAUCACCACCGCUGUCAUGACACACACUAAGCACUUUGAUGCCUACGGACGCAUCAAGGAGGUGCAGUAUGAGAUUUUCCGCUCUCUCAUGUACUGGAUGAUGGUUCAGUAUGACAACAUGGGCCGGGUGGUGGCCAAGGAGCUGAAGGUGGGGCCCUAUGCCAACACCACCCGCUACACCUAUGAGUACGAUGUGGAUGGCCAGCUGCAGACUGUCUCCAUCAAUGAUAAACCCCUGUGGAGGUACAACUACGACCUGAAUGGGAACCUCCACCUACUUAGCCCUGGGAACAGUGCUCGGCUCACUCCCCUCCGCUAUGACCUGCGGGACCGCAUCACCAGGCUAGGAGACGUUCAGUACCGAAUGGACGAGGACGGCUUCCUCAAGCAGAGGGGCAAUGAGUAUUUCGACUACAACUCAGCCGGCCUGCUCGUGAGGGCCUACAACCGGGUCAACGGGUGGAGCGUGAAGUACCGCUAUGAUGGACUGGGCCGAAGGGUGUCAAGCCGGACCAGCAAUGGGCAUCACCUGCAAUUAUUUUACGCUGACCUAUCCAGCCCCACCCGGGUCACCCACUUGUACAACCACUCAAGUUCCGAGAUCACCUCACUCUACUAUGACCUCCAAGGACACUUGUUCGCCAUGGAACUGAGCAGCGGGGAUGAGUUCUAUGUAGCCUGUGACAACAUUGGCACUCCCCUGGCGGUCUUCAGCGGGACUGGCCUCAUGAUCAAACAGAUGCUGUACACAGCCUAUGGGGACGUCUACGUGGACUCUAACCCCAGCUUGCAGCUAAUUGUAGGCUACCAAGGGGGCCUGUAUGAACCUCUGACCAGGCUGGUACAUAUGGGCCGAAGGGAUUAUGAUGUUCUGGCCGGCCGAUGGACCACGCCGGACCACAACAUCUGGAAGCAACUGAAUGCCAACAACAUUGUGCCAUUCAACCUCUACAUGUUCAAGAGCAACAACCCUGUCAGUAACAGCCGUGAGACCAAAUGCUACAUGACAGAUGUGAACAGCUGGCUGCUGACUUUUGGUUUUCAGCUAUACAACGUUAUCCCUGGAUACCCAAAGCCCAAUACAGAGGCCAUGGAGCCAUCCUACGAGCUUACCCGCACACAGACCAAGACCCAAGAAUGGGACAGCAGCAAGUCACUGAUGGGGGUGCAGUGCGAGGUACAGAGGCAGGUGCACAACUUUGUGAAGCUGGAACGAUUCGGGCAGAUCUACGGGGCGGCCAGCGCGGGCUGUCCCCAGGGCCCCGGCCGGACCCUCUUCGCCUCGGGGCCCAGCGUCUUCGGCAAGGGCGUGAAGUUUGCCCUGCGGGCCGGCCGGGUGGAGGCCGACGUCAUCAGCGUGGCCAACGAGGACGGCCGGCGGGCUGCGGCCGUGCUCCACGGCGCCCUCUACCUGCAGGGCCUGCACUUCACGGUUGACGGCGUGGACACGCACUACUUUGUCAAGCCGGGCCCCGCCGAGGCCGACCUGUCGCUGGUGGGCAUGACGACGGGACGGCGCACCCUGGAGACGGGCGUGAACGUGACCGUGACGCAGGUGAACACGCCGGCGGUCGGGGGGAGGGCGAGGCGCAUCACAGACAUCGCCCUGGAGCACGGCACGCUCCGCCUCAACACGCGCUACGGCAGCACCGCUGACGAGGAGAAGGCGCGGGUGCUGGAGCUGGCUCGACAGAGGGCCGUCAGUCAGGCCUGGGUGCGCGAGCGCCAAAGACUCAGGGAGGGCGAAGACGGGUCGCGACCCUGGACCGACGGGGAGAGGCAGCAGCUGCUCGGCACCGGUCGGGUGCAGGGGUACGAGGGCUACUUCGUGGUCUCGGUGGACCAGUACCCCGAGCUCUCAGACAGCGUCAGCAACAUACACUUCAUGAGACAGAGCGAGAUGGGCCGGAGGUGACACGGGGGCCAAGUCAGCCCCCGUCACACACGUGUGCAUGUGCGAGAAGGACACAGACGGUGUUGAGGACUCUUUGCCAAAGACAGCUGCUUAAGUGGCCACUUUCAUUUCUUUCUCUGUGUGUUUAAACUUUUGUUGCACUAUACUUAACAAUGAGUGCCCAUUUUUUACUUUACACUUGCAUUUGUUUUUUGCUGUCGAUGGACAGUCAUUCGAAAGUACAGCUGCUAAACAAUGAAGCUGGAGACAUUUUUUUGCCCCUUGUUGGUAAAAUAAAUAAAAUACUUGGUGAAGGGGUGGUGGAAAAGCUUGUGUUCUGCGGUGUAAAUCACAAACCUGUUCUAUACUGCCUGGUCAAGUUUCAGCCAAGGAGGUGCCUUCUCUUUUCCUCCUUGCAUUUUAUACUUGAAAACCCAUAGUCAUUCGGAGAACACACGCACACACACACACACACACACACACAUGCACACACACUUAUAUACGUACACAGACAUACGUAUAUGCAGAGACACCGUCACAAACUUGCAUAUGAGCACAUACACGCACAAGCACAAAAGGAAGUACGAUGCGACUUGGUACCCAUCACCUUUGCUGUUCUUCUGACCUGGGUCCACAUGCCUGCUGGUUUCUGUGUUAAUGUUCUAAUGCUCCUUGACAUAGACUCACACAAUCUCAAAGCUCCAAAGGGCUGAAUUUCCCCUACACAUUGCCUGAACUGAAAUGCAUCCUUUCUUUAAACUUUGACCAAAUGGGGAGUGUGUAGGUACCAGUUGUGGUAACAAUAUCCAUUUUAUGAAAUAUUUAUUUUCAUUUGUUUUGCCCCUUUUGCUAUACAAGAGAGACACUAGCAGAAGCAUUGUUCAUAUCAUACAUGUGGAAACUAAAUGACUCAUUUUAAACCGCAGCCAGAGAAAAAUACUGUUGAAAUCAUUAUCCUGUAUAAAAGAGCAAAAGGUACUUUACUGAAAUGGUUUUAAAUUUCUUUUGACUUGUUUAUAUAUAUAACUACAGUAUAAGAAAUGUGAAUUAAGCAGUGUGAACUAUUGUCCCAUUUAUUGCUAACUGUUGUACUUGAAAAAUGUUAAAGGGUGUUUCCACAUGUGAAAUAAUGUAAAAACAUGUUUGGAAAGCUGUUUUAUUAAUAAGAAUGUUUUUAGAAAUGUGGAACUUUAAGUGUACAGGGACGCAUUUGACUUGUUUUAGGCCAGCAUUCAUAAUGUCUGAAGUAUUUUUUUUGUUUUUUUUGGGGGGGUGCUUGUUUUUGUUCAUUUUAUCGUAUUUUUUUUGUUAGUGAUAUGUGCUUUUACUGAAAGCAUAAUUUAUCUGUGUCUGUGUCAGAGAGGCUGUCCGAGUGACAAAGGGGAACACAAAAUGGAAGAUGUAGCACAGUACUACAUAAACCUUAUAUGCCUGAUUUUUUUAAUAUGGAGUCUGCAGGUCUGUUGAACUGUGCUGCAGUCAGUUGAAAUGUGAGUAGCCUUAGCUCUGCUCCCUCCCUUGCACAUGCUCACUCCCUGAUCAGUCCAGCUGCCUACAUUUCCCAAUGUGCUGUAUCCUUUCCCUUUAGAUGUUUUUAUGCAGUCAGUGUGUUACAGUGCUUAUGCUAUUACACAGCUUACUCACGUCUGAAUCGGUCUUAAGAAGACUUAAAGUGACUUGUCAACAAUUCAGAUGUUAUACCCAGGGUACAUAAGGGCCGGUCUUGUUUGGGGAUCAAGUUCUUGCCAACUUCUGCAUUUCAUCACUUAAUUAGUCUGAUCAUUUAUUUCGUCUGACAUUUUUGAUAAAGUCAUGAGCUGAAAUUGUUGUACUGUGGUCCCAUAGAGGAGUGGGUCAACGCUGGUGCAUAGAGCUGUUUAGGAAAUGAAUCAUGAAUAAUUGGUUGGAACAAAAACCUGCGAACACAUAGGCCCUAUGGGAAUGGUGUUGUGCAACCCUUUGUGACACCUUUGCCCACGAUCCAUGGACAUCCAAAUAGCACUGGGAUCUGAAUUUAAAAACUCUAGGGAUGCCCCAUCUAUCAUGGGUGUUUCUUGUUACUCUCAUGAACUUAAGCCCAUUUGAGAUGGGAUUUGUUCGCUGUUGCAAUUUAAAUUGUACUGAUUUAAAUUGUACUGAGAACUGUCCCAUUGCUACAAGGCCCUUUUUUAUUCUGAAGAUUCUUUUUAAAUCUUUUUGAGGAUUGUUCAGUUUUGUUUUCUGUUCAUUUUUUCCCCCUCAACACUUGUUUCCAACACUGUAUUCUUUGACUAUGUAAAUAAGAAAGAAAAACUGCUGUAAAUAAAAUGCAAAUGUAGAUGCCUUCUAGAGCUACAUUGGUGAUCCUGUGUAGUCUUUAGGUAAAAAAAAAAAGAAAUAAAAAUAAUAUUUUGUGUUUA